GCCAAAGUUUCUUUAAACCGCCUAGCUGCUUUUCUGAAUCUGGAAGAACUGACUCCCAAGAGCUCAAGCAGAAACACUUCUGACUGUGUACAGGCAAGUAUCACCAUAAAAAAUGGGACUUUUUGCUGGAGCAAAGAAACUUCUCCUUGUCUCAGAAGGAUAGAUCUUACUGUGCCCCAAGGCUCCUUGCUUGCUGUAGUUGGCCAGGUGGGUGCUGGGAAGUCCUCCUUGCUGUCAGCAUUACUUGGUGAGCUGGAGAAGAUAGACGGCUGUGUGACCAUGAAGGGCACUACAGCUUAUGUCCCCCAGCAAGCUUGGAUACAAAAUGCUUCAGUGGAAGAUAAUAUUCUCUUUGGGAGAGAGAUGGAUGAGAUAUGGUUCAAUGGAGUGAUAGAUGCUUGUGCACUGCAACCUGAUUUGGAGAGCUUCCCUGCAGGGCAGAAGAGUGAAAUAGGAGAGAAGGGAAUAAACAUAUCUGGAGGGCAGAAGCAAAGAGUGAACCUUGCUCGUGCUGUGUACCAGAAGGCUUCAAUUUACCUUCUAGAUGACCCCCUCUCAGCCAUCGAUGCCCAUGUUGGACAGCAAAUAUUUGAACAUGUCCUUGGACCCAAUGGCUUGCUGAAGGACAAGACUCGUGUGCUGGUGACUCACACAAUUAACAUUUUGCCUCAAGUGGACAACAUUGUUUUUCUGGUGGAUGGAACAAUCUCAGAAAUUGGUUCCUACCAAGAACUUCUACAGAGAAAUGGGGCCUUUGCAGAAUUUCUCCAUUCACACAUUGCUGCAGAAGAGAAGGCAGACUCUGGUUUUCCAGGAGGCACCAAAGGCAUCACUACCUGUAGAAACAGUCCAUCACAGAAGAAGCCCUUCAGAGGCAGUUCAGUCAAAUCUUCAGCUACGGGAAAGGAGACCAUUCCUCUAAGUCAAGACUGUACCACUGCUGCAGCCAGCAAAGGAAGAUUAACCAAGGAAGAGCACACUCAGUAUGGCAGGAUCAAUACCUGGAUUUAUGCAGCCUACCUGAGGGCAAUGGGCUUACCACUGUGCGCGUACAUCAUCCUGAUGUUCACAUGCCAGCAAGCUGUGUCAUUUUCUCGUGGCUACUGGCUCAGCAUGUGGACAGACGAUCCUGUUCACAAUGGGACACAAGAGUACACAGAGCUAAGAGCUGGGGUUUUUGGUGCACUAGGAAUAAUUCAAGCCCUGUGCAGAUUUGCCUCCAUAGCAGCAGUCCUUCUAGGUGGUGUGUUAGCCUCCCACAACCUGUUUCUGCAGUUGCUGAAGAACGUUACUAGAUCCCCAAUGGUCUUCUUUGAGCAAACCCCCAUUGGAAACUUGCUGAACCACUUCUCCAGAGAAAUGGAUGCUAUUGAUUCUGUCAUCCCUGACAAGCUGAAGUCUUUGCUGGGAUUCUUCUUCAACUUGCUGGAAAUCUACAUUGUGAUUAUAGUGGCUACACCAAAGGCAGCAAUCGCCAUAGUGCCUUUGACUGUUCUUUAUGCUGCAUUUCAGCACUUCUACGUCAUCACCUCCUGCCAGCUGAGACGCAUAGAGGCUGCCAGCAGGUCACCCAUCUACUCCCACAUUUCAGAAACUUACCAAGGGAGCAGUGUGAUCCGUGCUCACAAGGACCAGGAGAGGUUUAUUUUGAAGAGCAAUUUUCUAGUGGAUGAGAAUCACCGAAUGUGCUUCCCUGGAGCAGUUGCUGACAG